UACCUAGUUAUGCAAACCAAAUUUGAAACCAAAAGUGUUCACUUCUAAAAACAAAGUGUUGGCAGAAGUUGAGAAGAAAGCUAAGAUGUAUUCAGCUAUGUCUUUGCAGAUUAAAUGCUCGGUGUGUUUGGGUGAUUUUACUGAUCCAGUUACACUUUCUUGCGAGCACUCGUUCUGCCGGGACUGCAUCAUGGGUCACUUGCAGGCCAGCCUGGGACCAACCGCCUGCCCAGAAUGCCAAAAGCCUUAUAACGAAGAAGACCUGAAAUCCAGCCGUUUACUGAGGAACAUGACCUCCACUGUGAGAGAGCACCUUGCUGAGCUCAAAUUGGAUAAAUCUCCAUCUAAAGAAGGAGCAGAAUCCUUAAAGCUCCCAGAAAUGGAAAGGAUGUUGAUGUGCUCGGAACACGAUGAGAAACUCAAACUGUUCUGCGAGACUGAUCAGAAGUUGAUGUGUGUCAUCUGCAGGGAUGGAGACAAACAUAAAGGACACGUCUUUAAACCGGUGAAAGAAGCUGCGCAGAUCAACAAGGGGGAGCUGAAGACAGCUUUAGGUUUUCUUGCCAAAGAGAAUGGACAGCUGGAUUACAUGAUCCAACAACAGACAACUGAGAUCACCAAAACUGAGGGUAAAUCCAAAUCUUUAUCAGCCCAGAUCUCUGCUCAGUUUGAGGAAAUGCACCAGUUCUUAAGACAAAAAGAGGCCGAAGUGAAGAAAAAGCUGGAGAAGGAGGAGAAGAAGGUUACAGAAUUCAUGCAGAAUAAUCAGUCCGUGAUAAACAGAAGGUUCAUGGAGAACAAAGAGAAGGAGAUUAUUCUGCAGUCAGCUCUGGAGAUUGAGCAGCCUGAUCACUUUCUACAGUGGUGGAAUGAAAAAGGAUUUCCAAUGACGAAGAAGAUGAAGCAGAAAGACGAUUUGACACCAUCAAAUAUCAAGUAUGCGUCAAGAGUGAAAGAUCUCUCUGUGGUUCCAGACUCUCUCUUUAUUGGCCCUCAUGAAACUCACCUGCAGUUCUUUGUGUGGAAGGAGAUGCUGGGAUCCAUCAAACCAGUUCCUGAGAGUUUAACCCUGAAAAAAUCUGGAGAGUCUUACUUAAAAGUGUCUCCAGGGGGCGCCAGAAUCCGUCAAGCUGACAGAGCGACUCUUCUGUAUAAAGACUUCAACCCUGGGACAGUUUCAGAGAAAAACUUCCAAGCUGGGCAGCACUACUGGGAAAUAGAGGUGGGAGAAAAGCCAGACUGGACUGUGGGAAUUAAGAUAGGUGCAGAAAAACAACUGAGUGCAGCAAAGUCUGCUGAGAGUGAGAUCCUGCUCCACCUUAAACACAGUAAAGGAUACGUGCUGACCUGUGAUGGAAAGGACACUACAUUGAAUACUCCAGACAAACCACAGAAAAUAGGGUUGUAUCUGGACUGUGAGAGAAAGCAGGUGUCGUUCUAUAACGCUGAUAACAUGUCUCGACUGACCCGGAUAAACUACAGCUCGAAGCAGCCUUGCUGUCUCACCCUGGUUCCAGGACUUUAUCUGGAUGGAAUGAACAGCGAUCCUCUCUCUGUCUGCUCGUAUGAGUUUAACACUGGCAAACGCUAACAUGCUAGCUCGGUUAUUAGCUGCACAUUUUCUGAGACAUUAUAAAAUGUCCUGGAUUUGAGACAUAUGGGGAUAUCUAGGUCGUCUAAAAUCAGAUUAUACAAAUAUGUUUUGGGCUUUUUUUUUUUUGUUGAGCUGCUGAAUGACACAUCACGAUGAUAUAAACAACUUUUUUUUUUUACAUGCAUAUCUUUGCAUUCAUUUUUUGAUGGGUUGCUUCAGCUAGCAAAGAUAUAAGCAUGGUUUUCUUGUAAAUGUUGUUUGAUGAUCAUACCGUAUUUUCUCUUUAAUUUUAUGUCAAUUUUGAUAAUGUAUCCAGUAUCAGAUACUGCUUUCAUGCUUUUUGGACUGUGACAUAAACUCAGACAUGAAAUAAACACCACAUAUUCCUUUUUAGGGUUAGGAGGAUACAUAAGUAGGGAAUUGGUUCUGCAUUUUAAAAUACAUCUGUAGAUAUGUCAUAUAGUAAUUUAACUGGACUAGUAAAACAUGAAAUCUUUCAGUAAAAUCAAUAAUUUAAAGAGUAGAUUAAUUGAAGUUAGAAAGAUGAAAUUACCAUGUAUUUAUAUUAUGAUUUCUGUUUAAAUAAUAAAUUCAUGUUUAUUAAUUAUCACUGUAUUUAAUGUCAUAUUCAAAGCAGUCUGGAGCAUCAGAAAAUGACACUGAAAGCUGUAUGCAAAUAACCAUAAUAUCCACACAGAUUAUGAUAAAUCUGGCUGUAAUCUUAUUUAUAGAUGUCACAGAACAUGGCUAAUGAGAGCUCAUGAUGACAAAAAUCAUAAAGCAAACAGUCUUUAAUCCAGUUUACAGAAGUAAUACUGAGAAACAGGUUUCUGAUGCUGUGUCAGUUGCAUCUGGGGACCAUGUCAGUUCAGUUCAAACAUAUUGUGACCUGAAUAAGACAUGUAUAAAUACACGGUUGUGUUGUAACAGCAGGUGUGUGUCGUCUCAGUGUUUCAGGUAGGUUGAAGGAAUUUAGUUCAGAUGCACCGUAUUGUGGAGAUAAAAGUUUGUGAUCCAUCAUUAGUUUUGGUGUAUUACCGUCGUGGCUGUUUGCUAGGAAUUUAGGAAGUUACUUCUUUAGGUGCCACCAGGGUGUUAUUUAUUUAUUUAUUACAUUUUAGAUACUAAAAGCUGCAAGUAAACCUCAUCCAGCUGUUACGGCAUAAUUAGACAGUUAAGGACAAGGAGAAGCACAGUCAGACAUAUAUGUGAGCUGCAUCCUGGUAAGAUGAUGGUUAUUUGUUGUCAUACAUUCACAAGGUGUAGACAAGAUGUAUAGCUAAGGCAUCACUAAAGAAAUUUUGUUUAGUGAUAAUGGAGAUAAGUGGGGCUGAGGAAUCCCUUAUACUCAGAAACGGCUCAUAAACCUUCAGUUUAUCAUGAAUUAAUUAUAUUAUUAAUCAUCAUGUCAUGUCUCUGGAGUCAGAUUAAUACCAGGCUGAUUCACCCAGAUCAUCUAAAUUCCCUCCGUUUUAAAUUAAAUUAAAAAUUAAAUUAAAUGUAUGCAUUUAACAGAUGCUUUUAUCCAAAGUGACUUACAGUGCAUUCAGCCUAUUAAUUUUUACCUAUCAAUCACAUGUGUAUUAGAUGUACACCACAGGCUUAUGAUCUGACAGAAUCAACAAUUUCUAGAAGUGAACAACACCAAUUCCUGAAUGUAAACAUUAUAAACUUUACCAGCAGGUUUGUACACCUCCUCAUACACCUCCUCAAAAGGUUCAGUAAUUGUUUCACAUUUAGAUAAAGACUAUUUAAGAAGAGGAAGAGAAACUUGCAACGGAUUUCAAACCCACCAGUCUAAACUUCUGAGAUGAUCUCUGCUCUAUUGUGGGUUGAACCAAAGAGGAAAAACUCACUCAGCAGUAACCAAGUGAGCUCACAACUCAGUAAUACAAUACUGCACAUAUGACAUAUAAUAUAACACUUAGUGCACAGCCCACAGCCACAUUGCUCAAUAUUAACCCAAAGAUUAUGUAAAGAGUAUGAGUACAAUAUACCCUUAUAUGGGAAACAAAGGAAGUAUGGUAAAAGACACUCAUAUGUUGUAGUGUCGUACUGCACGGUAAUGAUUGGUGAAAAACCCACAAACACAAAACACAGGUAUGUAAAAAAUGUAAUAUUCUAACACUGUAUUAAACAUUAUAAAACAGUGUGAGAGAUGAGACUGAUGGUCUGACCCAUGCUUAGGGUUUACUCAUUUAUCCUGCAAAAUAAGCAUUUUGUUUUUUGUUUUGUUAUAUGUCACUGAUCAUUAUAUGAUUGAAUUAUUAAGGAUUUAAUCAAUUUUGGAUUUAUUAGAGGAUUUAAGUUAAAAAAAGGACAACAAUCAAUAAUCAAGCUUUAUUUAUUUAAUUAUUUUUUCCCAUAUAUCUAUUAUAUGGGAUAUACUAACUCCCCCUGGACAUUUAAAGUAUGACAUCUACUGUCAUGUGAAGAAGUAUAUUCCUUUAUUUAUUUAUUUUAGGUUAGGUUUAAUGCAUUUGUCAUUCAUGAAACAGCU